CAUCCGUUUUUCAGAUACGCGUUGAUGUUGUUGACACAUUUAAGAUUUCGCAGUAGAAACACAACGCUUACGGCUUUUAAUUCUGGGAAUUUCCUUUUUUUCUAUUAUCAUUUUCACCAAAGAAGAUAAAUCGCCGCCAUUAGACACUGUUAUAUAAUAUUAGCGUAUCUUUAUAGUUACUGGCUGCCAAAGGCUAAUGCUAACGAAAGCUAACUAGUUAGCAGGCUGACAAAGCGAGAUUCUAUUAUGGAACACAGCUAGCUCGAAUGUCUUUAUUUAUUUUAUCGCUGCAUAAUUAAAAUUAUUAGUUUACUGGGGGGGCAAUAUCAGUUUUAAAUUAAUGGUAAAAGCGCAACAUGGGUUAGCUAAGAUCUAACUUCAUAGCUCUGACAGGCAGCUAAAGUUGAGCUUUUAAUGCGUUUUGCACAUAAUUUGAAACAUAGCUUGUAAUAUCUCGAAGCUGAAGACGGUCGGGGGGGAAUUAAUACCCAAGGAGGAUUAAUGGUUUGGACUGUCGCCUGCAUUUUCCCACGAAAAAUCAUGCUAUGAUGUUGGUUCUACGGAGGUUACUGAGGAAGCGCUGGGUGCUGGGGGUGGUCUUCGGAUUGUCCCUCAUCUAUUUUCUUACCAGCACACUAAAACAGGAGGAGAGGUCCUUGCGGGACCGCACACUUUUAGAAGUUAAAGAUUCAGACCAUCGCAUCGCCUGGAAAGUGCGUUUCAACCUGGGGAACAGCAGCCGUCAGAUUACUCAAUGCAGAAACUCCAUCCAGGGCAAGAUAUUGCUGACAGAUGAACUUGGUUAUGUGUGCGAGAGAAAGGACUUGCUGGUUAAUGGCUGCUGUAACAUCAAUGCCCCCAGCACCAGGCAGUACAUUUGUAAAAGCUGCCUCGCCAACGGCUGCUGUAGCAUCUAUGAGUAUUGCGUGUCUUGCUGCCUCCAGCCUGAUAAGCAACCUCUGCUUGAGCACUUUCUGAAUCGUGCAGCUAAAGGUUUCCAGAAUCUUUUCACCGCUGUGGAGGAUCAUUUCGAGUUGUGCCUGGCCAAGUGUAGGACCUCUUCACAAAGUGUUCAGCAUGAGAACACCUAUCGAAACCCUCAAGCAAAAUAUUGCUACGGUGAAAGUCCUCCAGAGCUCCUACCCGUAUGAACUAGACGAACAAUCUGAACACUGGGUUGUUUAAAAGACAAUUUUUCAGUAAAAGACACAACAAAAUGAAGACUGUUUUGGACGGUUUGGCAUUAUUUCGGUUAGAUGAAGACGUUCAAAAACUCCGACCUCAGAAAGAUGGUCAAAUGCAGUUUGCAAAUUGUAAUAUUUACACUUCAUAAGUGCAUAGAACGCCUCAUACAUUCAUCCGUGAUGAUCAUCAAGUCCCCUGCAAAGACAGCUUACUCAUCAGGUUUUGCUUCGAACAUGUCCAUAUUAUGGAAACAGUUUUAAUCUUAACAUAUCUGUUUGUUUGCUUUUUGGACUAAACUAAAACCGCAAAGAAUGUGUUGGUGCUUUUGUGUGUAUUGCAUGCAUAUAUACUGUAAGAGGUAUUUAAUAAAAAGUGACUG